AUGAAAUAUUUAAUUUUAUUUGCCCUAUUGGCCUUGGCUGCCGCCAACGAUGAUGAAGUCCAUGCCGAAAUUAAGGCAUUGAAGUCGGAUGUCCGCCCAGAUGGUUUCGAUUAUAAUUUGGAGACAAGCAACAACAUUCACCAGGAGGCUGCCGGUGAUGAACAUGGCAAUAUGCAUGGCUCCUAUGAGUACGUCUCACCUGAAGGUGAACACAUCAAGGUCACCUAUGUAGCCGAUGAAAAUGGCUAUCAUCCUGAAAGUGAUAUCCUACCCACGCCACCACCAAUUCCCGAAGCUAUCCUUAAGGCUAUCGAAUAUAUUAAGGCUCAUCCACCAGCAGCUGAUCCAGAACAUUAGGCG